UGAAGACGGUGUUGUGUAGCGGAGUAUAAUUUGGUUGUGUGAUUAAAAUACUAAUAUUAUAAAAUUGGUUUAAGUUUGGAAAAAUAAUUAUUUUGUGAGGAUGAUUCGAAGGCAAAGCAUGAUGUCGCUAGCAGAGCGCACAAGAUGUAGGAUUGUAAUCGUUGGUGAUAGUGGAUGCGGUAAAAGUUCUUUGCUAGGCCUUUUCGUAAAGGACGCCUUUCCAGAGAUCUAUAUUCCUACUACAUUUGAACAAUAUGAAUCCACAAUUGAUGUUGGAAAAAUACACCUUGAAGUUAACAUAUGGGACACAUCAGGUAAACAUGAGUAUGAUAAUGUUCGUCACUUAGCCUACCCUGAUACCACGGCAGCUAUCAUUUGCUAUGACAUCAGUCGACCAGAUACUCUUAAAAGUGUUAUUGAAAAGUGGCAGCCUGAGAUUCAAAAGCAUUGUUCAAAUUCCCCAAUAAUCUUAACAGGCUGCAAAAGUGAUUUAAGAAACAAUGUCCAAAUUUUGUCAGAGCUUGGAACAAUGAAGAAAAUGCCAGUAUCCCAUGAUAGGGGAACCAAGGUAGCAAGGCAAAUAGGAGCAGCUGCCUUUGUGGAAUGUUCAGCGAAAACCAACUUGCACAGCGUAAGAGAGGUCUUUGAGAAUGCCGCCCUCGCUUCAAUCGGUAAACUUAGUCUACAGAAAUCAUAUAUGGACUUGCCAUCAGUUGGCAGAAAACUAUCAAUAAGGCAAUCAUUUCGUCGAAGGAAGGAUGGCUUCCAAUCACCUGUUCGUGUGAAAACAACCGUAGUGAAAGCCGAAAAGGGUAAAAUGUGUGUAGUGAUGUAAGGCGACAAACGAUGACAGAUUCGCAAGUGCAAUAAUUGGAAUGUGAAGCCGUUGCUUGCUAAAGGGGAAGCUAAUUUUAAGGUGUUGCAUGAAAGUAAUGAAAUUUUAUGACUACUUUCAGAAGAAAUAUUAAAUGCAAAAUGUACAUAUCUUUCUGGAUGCAGACAUCAAAGUUGUUGGCUCACUGGUGGUAGAUGACAAGCAAUUGGUUGACGAUGUGUCACGACACAAGAAUUGAAGAGAGUAUGAUAUGGGCCAGGCUGACAUAAAUAGAACAGUAAUAUUGAGGGAAUGAUAUGUGAACCCAUAGAGAAACUGUAUAUAGCAUACAUAUAUAUAU